UAUCAUUAAAUGGAUGUUUUAUCUGUUAUUGAUAUAGAGAGAGGGUGUAUUAAAACAAUUUUGUAAUUCUAUCAAUUUUAAAGGGAAAAUCACAGUGAACAUAAAAUGGAAAUCAUCUCUUUCUUGAAAAAGCUACGAAUUGAACCGUUUAUGUUUUUUGUAGUAUUUACUCUCACAGUCAGAGAAGUAUCUCAACAGAAUUUAAUACUUAAUAAAGUUUGCAGAAUUCACUUCAAUUAUCCAGAAGAUAUUUGUAGUAAUCUUACGGCUUAUAAAACUGAACGCCAAGCCGUUGAAAGCGUGUCAAGUCAUUAUAAAAUGGGAUACACUCUAGUUACCAUAUUACCUUCCAUAGCAAGUGCAACAUUAUUAAGUCCGUGGAGUGACAAAUAUGGUAGAAGAUUUCCCAUGAUGGCAUCAACAUGUAGCUUAAUUUUAGAAAACAUUGCAUUGGCAAUAGUGAGUGCAUUUCCAUCUGCUCCUGCUUAUUUCAUAAUUAUAGCUGGAAUUCCAGCGGGAAUUUUCGGAGGAUUUGUAGUGGCAUUUUCUUCUAUUUAUACAUAUAUUUCUGAUGUCACGCAAAAAGAAAAUCGAACAAUUAGAUUCGCCAUUUUGGAAAUUGUAUUCAUUCUAGCUACACCUGUAGGAAUUGAAACAGGAGGUCAAAUUUAUAAAUAUUUCAAUGCUACUAUAGUUUAUGUGACAGCUAUAUUAGCAUUGUUGAGCAGUUUUAUUUGGGUUUUCUUCUUUGUCCCAGAAACUCGAAUUAGAGACGAAAAGAGCACCUUUAAGGAAAUGAUCCAGCAUGUGUUUCAACUAGAUAAUCUAAAAGAAAGUAUUCAUACGUGUAUUUCUCCCCGUCCUGGUAAUAUUAGGGCACAAAUAUGGUUAAUAGUUUUUGCUAUGACUGUCACUAUGAUGUGUAUUUUAGGUUCCAGCGCAGUAGGGUUUUACUUUUCACAAGAAAUGUAUAAUUGGACAAAUGAUAAAUAUUCCACCAUAUCUGCUGCAGCUAGCCUGUUACGCGGACUGGCACUUAUUAUCGCUGUUCCUAUUUUCACAAAAAUAUUGAAAAUACCAGAAGGUAUAAUUGGUGUAAUAGGCAUUUUCUCAAUACUUGGAGAAAAUAUCAUCAAAAGUUUAGCUUACUAUCCAUGGCUGUAUUAUUAUGCUUCUGUUACUGGAAUAUUAGGAGGAAUCAGUAGUGUUGCUGUGAGAUCAAGGCUUUCUAAACUAGUAAAUCAAGCAGAGUUAAGUAAAAUAUUUUCGUUAUUAACCAUUUGCGAAGCAUUGACGCCCGCAUUUUCCGCUGUUAUUUUCAAUGAACUCUUUGCGCAAACUGUUUCUACCUUUCCUGGAGCAUCUUUUCUGACAAUGUUUUUUCUCUUACUGUUGCCGGCAGUUAUAUUCAUAUGGAUCAAUAAACAAUCACUUCCUCAAACAUCAUCUGCAGACAUUAAUGAAGGAGGUUACAGAAUGGAAAGUUUCAAUGAAACAGAUGAAACGUUUAAAAGUUUUUCAUAAUUUACUCUAUUAAAAAUAAAGACAUUUUCAACUUACGUUUGCUAACCAGUUUUUAUGCAUAUAUGCACUAAAUUUCA